AUGUCGGUGACGGCCGAGAUCUUCGUCAUCACCGGGUCCGGCCCAGCCACCUCCACCCCGCAUGAAGCUCGCCUCCUCCUCACCCGCCGCAGUUAUUUCACUACCCUCGUCAUCCGCUCACGUGUCUCUUCCGCCGUCCCUUCCUCUUUCGCCUCCAACCCCCUCGUCGCCGUCGCGCAGAUCGCUGACUACUCCGGCCCUCCCAUGCGCGACUCUGACCCGCUCAAUCAGCAGGCCUACCUGGAGAAUCGGACGGCCGGUGGCGAGCUGCGACGUGUGCUGUGCGCGGUCGUGGAUCUGAGGGUGUGGUGGACCAAGGAAGUUUUCUGGAAGUUCAGGGCGCGCAUGUUGAUUGAAUUGCUGUCGUGGGAUUUUAGAGUGUAA